AUGAAAAGGCCCGUGUUGUUCUGCUUGUGCGUGUUGUGGCUAGCCGACGAUGGCACGGCAGAGUUCACACCGCAUUUUCGGGCGUUCCUGGAGAACAACUACGGAAUUGGAUAUGUGGAAUUGUUGGAACGAACUGAUCUGGGGCUGGACGCCAGUUUCGGUGGAAAGCAGAGCGCAGAUGACGAACUCCGGAAUCAAGCCGGAUUAGUGGAUCAUUUGCUGUCGAAAGGAUAUUCGAAAGCUGAAAUCUACGGAACAACAUGGGGAGAUGCGGGAGCGACUCCAGUGGGUCUUGUGGAUAUGAAAUGUACCUAUGUUAGAGCCAUAAGGGCAUUGAUAAUCGCCGUACGGCAAUAUACAGGAACCAGAGUGGAUGUAAUCGCCUAUUCAAUGGGCUCACCAAUAGCGAGAAAAGCGAUUCUCGGUGGAAAUUGCGUGGAUAGCCGGGAUAUACUCGGACCUCCGUUGACCGAACUUAUCGAUACGUUCUUGAGUGUUGCGGGUGCAAACUACGGCAGUUCGUUGUGCUUCGUGGCCAUACCAAUUGGAACGUGCAAUAAGCGGACGGGUCUCUUCUGCAAAUCAACGUUUCUCAAGGAUAUCAACGCACAGAGCAAGUAUGAAGGAGCUUUUGUGUUCAGUAUCUUCUCGACUGCAGAUGAUAAGGUUUGUGAUAAGCUGCUUGAUAAUUAUAUUUGCCUAUUAGGCGAAAUAUCCGUUGGAAACCGUAAGUUAGGCAAACUGUCCGUUAGAUAA